AUGGCCCAGCACAUCCGCCCGUCGCUCGCAGAGUUGUCCGACUAUGACCAACCAGCCUUUCCAGAGCUCGACACCCCCGCCCAGCCCGCCGCACGAGUGACACGGGCUCGCCCACCGACCGUCGCCUCGUCGCUUCCUCCACCAAUCCCCUUUAUCAAGCCGAGCUCGUCGACCACGCCCGCUGAGCCCGAAGCGAAGCCGCACAAGCUGAAAUCGCGGUUCGCCUUGCAGAGGGAGAAGGAGGCAGCUGCGGCAGCACAGCGGGCAACACCGACAGGCGCAGAACGGUUCGAGUUAAGUCUAGACGAGCUCGACGCGGAAGUUGCAGGACACGAUGAUGGGCUACCGCGGCGCGACAUCAUCAAGGACGUCCUCGAGCGUCCGACUUCGCGACCCAAACCUUCUGCUGCGCCUGGCCCUUCUCGUCCAUCUCCUCUUGCACCGGGCAACUUACGGCCGACGGGCUUCCCGGCACCAGGUCGAGGCGUCUUUCCUCGCAAGUCGCAGGCUCCCGCUCCAACUCCUUCUGCCUCCGCCUCUUCCAGCCCACGCGUCUUCCGCACCUCCUCCCUCAUCCCUCCAACGCCCACACCCUCAUCCUCAGACGCCGCAUCCCUCACCUCCAACCCCACCGACUCGCUCUCCUCGCUCCUCACCUCCGUCUCGCGCGAGAACGAGGAUCUCGUCUCGCGGAUGAGCGAGGAGGAGAUCCUGGAGGAACAGAGGCAGAUUAGGGAGGAGAUGGGGUUGAGUGAGGGGGUGUUGAGGAUGUUGCAGAUGAGGGGGCAAAGGCGACGCGGAGAGGGGGAGAAGAAGCGGGAGGGGACGAAGCGGGACGAGGGGGAGAAGCGGCCGCUACCGGUGGAGAGGGAGGAUGAGGCUAAGCGAGAAGAGGGAGAUGAGGAGGAAGGCAGUCCCGAGUACAUCCGCCGCCAUUUCUUCCCGAACGAGCCGCCCAACCCUGCGCUCGACUGGACUCGACCCGUCCCUCCGCCCUCAACAUCCUCCUCAUCGACUCCCGCCACUCUUCAAACUCGCACCUUCGACCUCACCGGCGCACCCGUCGCCUCUUCGUCUGCGACCGACUCACCCGCCGAAGCAGCAGCAUCGACAGAUCACCACGUCUCCUCCUCGACAACUUUCACGAUCCCCUCUCUCGUCGCUCUCACAGGCUCGUCCGUGCCGUCUCAGCGCUCGACAGCUCUGACGAUCCUCGAGCGGAUACUCGUCCGCUCACGAGGAGAGAAGGGGGAGGAGAAGGAGUGGGAGGCGGUUAGGGUCGAGUACCUCAAGCUUACGGGCUGUCUCGCGCCGUUCGCACCUACCGACCCAGUCCUCUCGCCCGACUGGCCCCUCUGUGCACUCGACGAGCUCCUCCGCUCCGCCACGUCGCCCGUCUUCCAACGUCUUCCGGACGGCUGGGACGCCAGCGAAGUUGAGCUCGUGCAGACGUCGCUUGCGCUGAUGCGAGUCGUCUACGCUUCGCCGUCGGUGCAGCAGAAGCCGGACCCGCCCACCCUGAUCUUCGACCUUAUCAAAGUCUUCAUGUUGGAGAAGGACAACGGCGCGACGACGGGUACGAGCGGCGCGACGGCCGAAGUCUUCCGCGACGAGACUGUUCAGCGGUCGAUGACUGCGCUCCUCGAACCGCUCGCGAUCAAGCACUCGCGCUCGAAGCAGAUCCUCCAGCCCGAUACGCGCACAUCCGACGCGACGAUCGAAGGCGUCUCCGCCCGGCUAAGCACAGCGCCGUUCUACCAGCUCUUCACCGACCUCGUCGGCCUGUACGACUCGAUCUCGCUCUCAGACCGGCUCUUCGGCCUCGUCCUCAUCCCACCACUCGCCAUGUCCUACCCAGCCGAUUACCGCCGCCUCAUCUGGACCGACUACGCCCAUAUCCUUCGACACCUUCGCUUCUCAGUCGACGACGCGAUCAGCGACGUAGACUCGACUCGGGUGGAGACGGCGCUCGCGAGCUACCUCGAGCCAAGGGAGACGAACGAGGCGCUUCUCAUGGCCUACGUCGACGCUCUCUCGUCGGGCGCCGUCUCGGAAGAGUCGACGCCGUUCCUUCACUUCGUCGCGCUGCACCAUGUCGCGUCGGCCGUCUGCGUCGACGAGGCCGACUCGGCGAGUACAACGGCUGCGAAGCUUGUCAAGGCUUUGGUGGCGAGGCGGGCGGAUAAGGUGUUGCAGCAGGUCGUGCGGUAUCGGCAGGCGGUGGAGGGCGAGGACGUCAAGGUGCCGCCAGCUUGCUUCGACGAGGACGAGGCUUUCGUUGGCGAGCGGCAGCAGCGUCUGCGCGCGCUAGUUGGUGAUGGCGGAUCGCGGCAGUUAGAUGCGCUGCUUGCGCGGUAG